UGCACACAGACAAAAAAAAAUAAAAUUCAAGAACCAAACAAGAAAAAAACUCAGAAAACUCAAAGAUAAAAUCUUGUAUCUCUUGCUAUCUGAAACAUUAUCAGUCUAUCAAUUACUAUCUCUCAUUUUUGCCAAUCAGUGUGGCAGUCAUGGCCUCCCACACAAUCUUUACUACCACUCCUACCUCUACCAAUUCUUUCUUAUUCCCAAAUUCUUCUUCUUUCUAUGGUGUUUCCCUUUAUGUUAAGUCUAAAUUUAGCCAAUCUUUGACCCUUUAUGCUGUUACUACUCCUAAACCUCUUACUGUUUUUGCUGCUACUAAGAAAGCUGUUGCUGUUCUUAAGGGAAGUUCUAAUGUUGAGGGGGUUGUCACUUUAUCUCAAGAUGAUGAUGGUCCAACUACGGUUAACGUUCGUAUAACUGGACUUACUCGUGGACUUCAUGGGUUUCAUUUGCAUGAAUAUGGUGACACUACAAAUGGGUGUAUGUCUACAGGAGCCCAUUUCAAUCCUAAUAAUUUGACACAUGGAGCUCCUGGAGACGAAAUCCGUCAUGCGGGUGACCUGGGAAACAUAACAGCCAAUGCCGAUGGCGUGGCUGAAACAACAAUUAUUGAUAAUCAGAUACCAUUGACGGGUCCAAACUCAGUUGUUGGAAGAGCACUUGUAGUUCACGAGCUUGAGGAUGACCUCGGAAAGGGUGGCCAUGAACUCAGCCUUACCACAGGCAAUGCUGGCGGACGAUUGGCAUGCGGUGUUGUUGGUUUGACUCCAAUAUGAAGUAACAGCAAUAGCUCUUUUGUCGGAAUUAUAAGGAAUGAACAUAUCUACCCUCCUCGCCUUGUUGCCAAUAAAACGCUACAUGAAUGUGUUCUGAGAGAUUCUUGAUGAACUAAAUUUGAACUUGUAUGUACACUUUGCCAAAUGAAUGCAACACUUUUUGCUUCAAACUUGUAUUUGGAGUUGCUAUUUCACUAUCCUUUUUGAGUUAUGGCUAUCAAAGGUGAUCCUAAAUGAACAAAGUUUUGGCA